ACAAACGACCCCCACCUUCAAAUUCAUAAGUCUGCAGAGUUCUUCGUUUUUUUUUUUUUCUUCUUCUUUGGUUUAAGGGUUCAGCCCCACAUGUGUGUUCCAAUAAGAGCUCCAUCCCUGACGUCAUGUCUGCAGGAGAUUGGCUAUAUGGAGCUCGAGCACAAACUCCUGCCCUUGCACACACACACACGCGCUCAAACUUUUCUAAGAGUUUUCAAACUUCUGCUCGAGCUCAAAUUGCGCGCACGCGAACUCUCUCGCCUCCUUGACUCCCGAUUUCCCCGAUUUCCGUUUCGUGCUUUGAAACUUUCUUUCACUCCAAGCAUUUUCCCACUCUUUUAAGUUAUGUGUUUUCUUACGGCGAAUAGAUGACAGCGCGCAAGGGUUUACAACUGCUUCACACGCGACAGAGUGUAGCUGCACUUCUAUAGUUUUAUUUUUGUAUCUUUCUUUCUAUAGUGUGUGUGUAUAUAUAUAGUACAGAGUGUUUCUUUAAAACUUCCCCUACACUUUCACUUCUAAUGGAUAUGGCUGUGCUCAUGUGGGACAUCAUUGUUUCUCUAACGUUAUUUAUUUCUCCGGCUUUGAUUUCGGCGGAUAAGAGCGGCUUCAGGAAACUGUACGUACUGCAGCCGGGACCGAGCGGUACGGACGGGGUUCACGUGAGCUCCAUUUCAUCGCUCUCAGGAGCGUCGGGACAGCCACACUCCUACAAUGUGGAGCUCAAAGCCAGCUUCGGCGGCCAGGUCCGUACCCGCAGAAUGGGUCACCAACCGAACCCGAGCAUUCCGAUCCGCCAGGACGCGCAGCCUGGCCGACACACAACCAGCCAUCAUAUGAAAGUGUCAGGAGUGAACGUCUGUGGGGGGCAGUGCUGUGUUGGUUGGAGCAAGACCCCAGGAUCUCAGCGCUGCACAAAACCUAACUGUACGCCACCAUGCAAAAAUGGAGGGAUGUGUUUGCGGCCCCACAUGUGUGUGUGUAAGCCAGGCUCUAAAGGCAAGUCCUGUGAACAGACCACUCUCCCUCCAUCCUCUCAUCCAACCGGACCACUAAACGGACACACCAAUGGUGGACUUCCAAACGGAGGUCAUACGAAUGGAUACCCCAAUGGUCAUAAUGUAAUUCCCCAGCGCCCCAUUCCUCAGCAGAUCUUCCCACAAAGCCAAGGUCAAGGGCCGUUACCGUUGCCCAGCACCAAUGUGGGACAUCUGACUCUGUCCAUGAAGCCGUCACCUAAUGGACCCAUUCCUUAUCAACCACAAGUGCAAAACCCAGUUUCAAUGACGAUGCACCAGAGCAAAUCACAGAAGUUUAUGGUCCAACAGAAAAACUACCACACUCACACUCAGGUGCAUGGUGUCGGACCUAACCUGAACCGGGCCAUCCCACUUUCAGUGGGACACAACCCAAUUCACGUAGGGAACCACACCGGCCGGAUCAAGGUGGUCUUCACCCCAACUAUCUGCAAGAUGACCUGCACCAAUGGCCGCUGUCAGAACAGCUGUCAGAAGGGCAACACCACCACUAUCAUCAGUGAGAACGGGCACGCUACGGACACACUCACCGCCCCCAACUUCAGAGUCGUUGUUUGCCAUUUGCCCUGCAUGAAUGGAGGAAAAUGCAGUGCUCGGGACAAGUGCCAGUGCCCGCCAAACUUUACCGGAAAAUUCUGCCAAAUGGCAAAUCCAAACGGUCAACAGGGGCAGCAUACUCUCGUAAACGGGCAGAAGACACACGUCCACUCAACGCACACGUUACCUCUCACCUACAGCACUGGACAAAACCAGGGUUUGGUAAAUGUCCAUGUGAAACAUCCCCCCGAAGCCUCAGUCCAGAUCCAUCAGGUGUCUCCAGUGGACAGUAAUGGGCAGGUGAAGAACACGCAGUCCAGCCACUCCUUCACCUACCACAGCAGCAGCCAGAGCAUCCAGCAUGGACACACUCACAGCGGCGUCAUUUACCCCAACCAGCAAACAUACCUCCAAUACCAGCCGGUGACAUCCAAGAGCCAGCUGGGACGCUGCUUCCAGGAGACUGCCGGAAUGCAGUGUGGGAAAGCUCUGCCCGGCCUGUCUAAACAAGAUGCCUGUUGUGGGACGGUGGGCACAUCAUGGGGAUUCCACAAAUGCCAAAAAUGCCCCAAGAAAACAUCAAUUCCUUUGAUUGAAUGUCCUCAAGGCUAUAAGAGGCUGAAUGCCACUCGGUGUAUCGAUAUUGAUGAAUGCCAGAUUCAAGGUGUUUGUCCAAAUGGAAACUGCAUCAACACCAUGGGCAGCUUCAGGUGUAUCUGCAACCCAGGCUUUGUGCCUGACCCCACCCUGACCACCUGCUUCCCCGAAACACCUGCUCUUCGCGAGGAGAAGGGUGAUUGCUUCCGAUUUGUCAGUCCGGGGAAGCAGUGCUUGCACCCUGUGUCCACACAGCUGAGUAAACAGUUAUGCUGUUGUAGUGUGGGCAAAGCCUGGGGUCCUCAUUGUGACCGCUGCCCCCUACCUGGGACAGCUGCGUUUAAAGACAUUUGUCCUGGAGGAAUGGGAUACCAUGUCACCCCACCAUACAUUUACAAGCCCAAACCACCUAAUGUACACAUCCAGCCAGACAGUCAGGGGCAGAACAAGCCCAUCAUCAGACACCAAGUGCCCGUGGAUCCUCCCGUGCCCUUCCCCACCUUACAGCAGCCUGUGGAAGCUCUUGGCAUCACAGAGAGGCAGCUACCUGUUCCCACAGUUCCCCGGCAGGAGCUUUUUACCCACAUGAGUGUUGAUAGGUCAGUAGUACAGCCUGGACAGGCCCAGCUGUCACCUGGGGUAUCAACAAUCAGGAUGGAGCCUGCCCUCCCAGAGGUGGUGGAGAAGGUGUCACCACCUGCUCCAGUAGCAAUUCUGCCUUCCAGAGAAAGUCAGAACAUCUCCCCAACACAGCUGGCAGAGAUUGACGAGUGUCAAGUAAGACCCGAUAUCUGUGGUGCAGGAAUCUGUUAUAACACUGCUGACAGCUAUACAUGCAUCUGUGAUGACGGCUAUAAAACAGACAAUGAGGGCACCACAUGUGUAGAUGUCGACGAGUGUGCGGAGAGCCCAAGUUUGUGUGCUAAUGGUCACUGUCAGAACACUCCAGGCGGAUUCCUGUGUGCGUGUGAGUCUGGAUUCAUGCCUAACGAACAGGGCACCAGCUGCUCCGAUAUUGAUGAAUGUCAGGAUGGGAGAGUAUGUCCAUCCGGUCUCUGCUAUAACACUCUGGGCUCUUUCAUGUGUUCUCCAUGUCCGGAUGGGUUUGAAGGGAGAAAUGGCCAAUGUGUUGAUAUAAAUGAGUGUCUGGAUGAAAGAGUGUGCGCUCAUGGUCAGUGCUCGAAUCUGGAGGGCUAUUUCAUCUGCAGGUGUGAUGAAGGAUUCUCGCUCACUCCUGAUGGCAAGGCCUGCGCAGACAUUGACGAAUGCCAGGAUGAAAACGUGUGCACCCAAGGUCACUGUCAGAACACAGAGGGGUCGUUUAUCUGCAACUGUGAGCCUGGCUUUAUAUUGUCGUCCACAGGAGACCAAUGUGACGAUGUGGAUGAGUGUUUGGAGUUACCUCAGACCUGUGAUGGUGUGGGGCAGUGCAUCAAUAUCUUGGGUUCUUACCAGUGCAAUUGCCCACAGGGAUAUAGACAAGUCAAUGGCACAAGCUGCCACGAUGUUGAUGAGUGUGAGGAUGAUACACAACUGUGCGUCCCGAAUGGAGAGUGUUUGAACACAGAGGGUUCAUUCCUUUGUGUGUGUGAUGCCGGCUUUGUGUCCACCAGGGAUCCGCCAGGCUGUGAAGAUGUAGAUGAAUGUGUGGAUGACACCAGAUGUGUAAAUGGUACCUGUUCAAACACAGAGGGCUCGUAUCUCUGCCAGUGUGAAGGAGGCUACCGCCUGGAGCCAACCAAUCAGACUUGCCAGGAUAUUGAUGAGUGUGCAGACUUGGGAACGUCUAUUUGUGGGGUUUGGGCUUGUCAAAACACACCGGGUUCUUACCAAUGUGAGGUGCCCUGCCCACCCGGCCUUUCCCGAGGCGAACAAGGCAUCUGCAUCGACGUGGAUGAGUGUUCACUGAAUGAGAAUACCUGUGGAAGUCAUGGUACUUGUCAGAAUACAAUAGGCUCCUUCAGCUGCCAGUGCGACCAGGGAUUCAAGGACUCUCAGGAUGGGCAGGGCUGUGUGGAUGUGAAUGAGUGUGAGGUGCUCGGUAAUGUGUGUGGUGAGGCCAUCUGCGAGAAUCAUGAAGGCUCCUACUUGUGUUUGUGUCCUGAUGAGACGCAAGAAUUUGACCGGAAUUCUGGCAAAUGCUUCUCUACACCACCAGUCACGUCAGUGGAGAGGAAAGAGUGUUACUUCAACAUGAAUGAUGAGAACUUGUGUGAUAAGGUGCUGGCCAGCAGCAUGACUAAAGAGGAGUGCUGCUGUACGCUGGGAGCAGGCUGGGGGGACAACUGUGAGGUCCAUCCCUGCCCCAUACCGGGAACAGAUCAGUUCUCUCAGAUGUGUCCAGCAGGCCAGGGUUACAUUCCUCCUGAAGAUCCAAUUAUUCCUACAACCAGCUUACCAGAAAUCUUCAAAGAUGCAGAUGAAUGCAAGCUUUUUGAAAAUGAGAUCUGCAAAGACGGCUUUUGUCUCAAUACCCUUGGUGGGUAUGAGUGUUACUGCAAGGCUGGACUCUACUAUGAUGAGAGCAAACUACAGUGUGUUGAUGCUGAUGAAUGUGCAGACGAGUCGAACUGUAUAGAUGGCAAAUGUAUGAACACAUAUGGGUCAUAUCAGUGUUUCUGCACUCCUCCCCUGGUUCUUGCAUCCGACAACACACGCUGCAUUUCACCCGCCGUUGCAGGACAAAGAGAAGAUGAUGUGUACGAAGGUAUUUGUUGGGAGACCGUGACAGAAAGGCUGACCUGCAUAAAGCCCUUAGCCAUCAGACAGACCACAUUCACAGAGUGCUGCUGUUUAUACGGAGAGGCCUGGGGCAUGGAUUGUGCUCUCUGCCCCCAGAAAAAUACAGCUGCCUAUGCCACUAUGUGUAAUAUCCGUCAGUUUGGUGAUUCCCGUCGGCCAUAUGGUCAGGAUGCUCUGGUUGCUGGCCCAGUUCAUGAGUACGAGGUCAGCCCUGAAUAUGACUUUCGACCGCCGAAUCCUGACAGCACGCUGCCCUUCUAUGACGAUUACGAAGCACCAAGAAAUCCAUAUGAUGCAUUUGAAGGACUGCGAGCUGAGGAAUGCGGUGUGCUGAACGGAUGUGAGAACGGACGGUGUGUGCGGGUGCAGGAGGGAUACACCUGCGACUGCUUCGAUGGAUACACACUCGACAUGUCCCGCAUGGCCUGCGUGGAUAUCAACGAAUGCUCAGAGCUGAAUACAAAGAUGUCUCUUUGCAAGAACGGCAAGUGCAUCAACACGCAAGGCUCAUAUAAGUGCGUGUGUCUGCCAGGAUUUGUCCACUCCGCCCAGCACAACUACUGCGUGCCUCACAGACAGAAUGCAACCAGCACGAGCACGGAGUGAACAGCAGGGGGCGCAAGAUAUACUAAAAACACUCUUAUUUAAUCAAAGCCCAUAUACUCUGCACUGUAUAAAACAAACACCCAAAAACAAACCUAGAAAAAAAUUCUACUUGAGAUGAAGAGUUUAAUGUGCUAUCUAAUGGUGUCUAUGAGAGAACUGUAUAAAAUAUUUGUUUUAUUGGUCUAUGUAAGUUUAUUAUUUUUACUGUAUUAGGAAGUAGAAAGACUGUUUGAACAUAGCAGAGGUGAUAUUUCAGCAAACUGACAAACCCUAUGACCUUAAGCUGGGGGACUGCUUUAUUUUACCCAGUCAAAGACACCGAGCGUGUGGAUAUUUUACUAGUGCAAAAGCCAGACUCUCUCGUUCCACUUUUAUUUUAUUUCCAUUUCUUCUUUUAUUUUAUUCAUUGUCCUUUCUCUUCUUUCAUUCUGUUUCUAAAUCGUUUAUCGGCUGAUUUAUCUUUAUAUCGCUCUGUUUUCUUUUCUGUUUACUUUCACAUUUUAGUGAGGCAGACCACACCAAACUAACAUAGCUGCAUAUAUUCAUAAGAAACACACAGCGCAAAAUUAUUUCAGUGUCAAGUCUUUAAAAUAAGCUUUUUAUACAAGCUGCUUUGUAUUAAUGACAGACGCCAGCUAAUUCUCUGUCUGGGACAUUAGUCCACUGCAGAUGUCUGCCCUGUGGAGCAGGCAUGACCUUUAACCUCACCUUUCUUCUAGAAAUUAUUAUUAUUUGUUUCUUUAAAAAGAAAAUAAUAAAAUGAAGUGCCUUUAUGUUUGUUUGUUUUUUACAUAAAUCUUUUACUGCAUUUGAUAGAGUGGGCGAAAUGUCUUGCCAGGUUGCAAAGCUGCUAUUAAACAGCCGUGGUUUAUUGUUUUGUUUUUUUUUCACUCUCUUUCUGUUUUUUUUUUUUUUUUUUUUGUACAUUUAAACUGAAGAGUUGAUAAAAAACUAUGUAUUUGUAAUUUGUACAUGAAUAAAUACCUUCUGAAUAUCCAUAUAAUGUAUUAAAACUCUUGAAAUAAAUCAGAGAUGGUGAUGUUUAUACAUAUUUA